ACUCAAUUUCCUUGCCACUACAGCCAAGAGAAAAAACGAAAAUAAAAAUAAAACCCAGUACUCAAAACACAUUCUUUGGUAACACUAUGGAGGCCAAAAAGUGUGUUCUUGCCGUAUUAGCAUUGUUAGUAAUAGUGGUGGAAGUAAAUGGAGGAGGUGAUGAUCAGGCAUCUUCAGUAAAGCCAUUGGUUAAAAUAGUAAAGGGAAAGAAGUUGUGUGACAAGGGAUGGGAGUGCAAAGGCUUGUCUGCAUAUUGCUGCAAUGAGACUAUUUCUGAUUAUUUCCAGACCUACCAGUUUGAGAACUUGUUUUCAAAGCGUAACACACCUGUGGCUCAUGCUGUAGGAUUUUGGGACUACAAUUCUUUUAUAACUGCUGCUGCAUUGUACCAGCCUCACGGGUUUGGUACCACUGGUGGAAAACUCAUGGGUCAGAAGGAAGUUGCUGCUUUCCUUGGACAUGUGGGCAGCAAAACCUCAUGUGGCUAUGGAGUAGCUACAGGAGGACCACUGGCCUGGGGUUUAUGCUACAACAAGGAAAUGAGUCCCAGCAAAUUAUACUGUGAUGACUACUAUAAGUACACCUACCCAUGCACUCCAGGAGUUUCAUACCAUGGCAGAGGUGCCCUGCCAAUCUAUUGGAACUACAACUAUGGCAAGACUGGGGAAGCCCUGAAGAUUGAUUUGUUAAAUCAUCCAGAAUACAUUGAAAACAAUGCGACCCUAGCCUUCGAAGCUGCAAUUUGGAAGUGGAUGACUCCAGAAAAGAAGAAUCAGCCAUCAGCUCAUGAUGUAUUUGUAGGCAACUGGAAGCCUACCAAGAAUGACACCUUGUCUAAGAGGGUACCUGGUUUUGGCACCACCAUGAAUGUUCUCUAUGGAGAUCAGGUUUGCGGGAAAGGAGACGAUGAAUCAAUGAACAAUAUCGUCUCUCACUACCUAUAUUACCUUGACCUGAUGGGAGUUGGUAGAGAGGAAGCAGGGCCUCAUGAAGUGCUUAGCUGCGCAGAACAGGUUUCUUUCAACCAAGCUGCUCCCUCUUCAUCAUCAUCAUCUUCUUGAAAACUUGCUUAUUACUGGGUAAAUAGCCUGUCCAUUGUUGAACUGUUCUUCUGAAAGGAAAAUUUUUAAUAAGGGACAAGGCAGGUAUAGUUUUGAGGAUGUAUAUUCAUUUCUUAUUUCUGGUAUGAAUCUGCUACAAUCUGGACAAUUACAUUGAACCAUUGGUUCCUUUGCUCAUCUAUGUGCAAAAUCUUGAGAUUUGAUUAUGCUUAGAAGUUUUAUAUA